UUCUCUCGAUAUAUAUGCUACUCCCAGGUAGAUCGAAGAGGUCCGCAACUAUGCAGUCUCAACUGAGAGAGAAUGCUACAGCACAUGACUCUCCUCUAUGCCUCCGUUUUCCCUCUGGUUUUCAUGGCAUGCGCCACCAGCAAACCACAAGAAGAAGCACUUCUCCAAUGGAAAGCCUCGUUAGCCGAUGCCAAUUCUGUGUCUUCAUGGUCACCAACGGGCAGCUCCACCUGCUGCUCGUGGUUGGGCGUCACAUGUGAUGCCGCGGGCCAUGUCGUUGAGCUUAGCCUUCCAAGUGCUGGGCUCAGGGGCCAGCUUGACUCCUUCGAUUUUGCUGCUUUUCCAAACCUGACGAAGCUCAACCUCAACAACAACAGCCUUGUAGGUGACAUCCCCUUUCGCUUCAGCAAGCUUCCUAAUAUUGUCUGGUUGGAUCUGGGAUCCAACUACUUGACCAAGCCAGAUUACAGUAGGAUGUCGCCGAUGCCAACUUUGGAGCACAUCUCGAUGUGGGGCAAUAAACUUGGUGGAAUGUUUCCAGAGUUCAUCCUCAGCUGCACCAAUUUGAUAUUUCUUGACCUGUCAAAGAAUGCUUUCCAUGGGCCAAUACCAGAUGCACUGGCCAAGAUGACCCCAAAUUUGGUGUAUCUGAACUUGUCUUGGAAUGGGUUUUCAGGGACAAUACCAAGGUCGCUUGCGCAGUUGCCAAAUCUCCAGGAUCUACGACUCGGAUCAAAUAUUUUCAGAGGAGGGUUCCCUGAGAUGCUCACCACAAUAUCCACGUUGCAGUUCCUUUCGUUGAGCAAUAACACGCUCAGUGGGUCAAUUCCAAUGGGAAUCGGCAACUUGACAAGUUUGCAGUACCUUUCAUUGAGCAAUAACACGCUCAGUGGGUCGAUUCCAACGGGGAUUGGGAACUUGACAAGUUUGCAGGUCCUGCGGCUGUCAAAUAAUCAAUUUACUGGACCACUUCCCACGCUGAUUGGAAGCAUGGAGCAUCUUGAAGCAUUGUAUCUUGCCAACAACAGUCUCAAUGGGCCAAUACCACCGGCAAUUGGAAAUAUGACUGCACUGCAAUUUCUUCUCCUUGAAAAUAACAAUCUCAAUGGCACCAUACCACCAGAGAUUGGAAACAUGACCGCACUGCAACAACUUGAUCUUAGGAACAACCAACUGGAAGAUCCUGGACGUAUCGAAUAAUAACCUCUCUGGAGAAUUGCCAAGUUGCUGGUGGAACUUGCAGGACCUCCAAUUUAUGGAUUUGUCAAGAAACGCCUUUUCUGGUAAACUUCCAACUUCAAAAAAUGAUAUUUCUUCUCUAAAAUUACUGCACCUGGCAAGCAACAACUUCCAAGGAGAUUUUCCAUUUGUCAUAAGGAAAUGUAAGAACCUAAUCACACUCGACCUUGGGGGAAAUAGGUAUUACAGUAUGAUACCUUCAUGGUUAGGUGUGAGAAAUCCUAUGCUAAGGUUUCUCCGACUACGAUCAAAUAUGUUCUAUGGAAAUAUUCCGAGGAGGUUAUCAAGAGACUCUUA